AUGAAGAGUUUUCUCAAAAAUAACCAAGUGACAGAACCUAUAACACACUUGAGCAAAUUUGUCUUUCAGAGCGUCUCAACUGUGAAGAUAGCAGAAUACAAGGAGCUUUUCGACUGUCUUUGGAUUUAUGCACCCAAGAAGCUGAACAUUAGUGCGACUAGAAAUGAAUUGAGAACUGCACUGGAAGGCAUUCCCGAUUGGUGGUUUCUCUCUAUUCAAAUGCUCGGUAUCUAUGAAAGUGCUUGUGACAUUGACGCGCUGUCUUUGGUGUCAAGAGCUCCCCACUGUGCUUCCCUCCGUAUCGAUCCAUGCUUCACCAUCGACAGCGUGACGUCACUGUUGGACUGCAUGAGGCAGAUUCAUGAAUUGAAGUACAUACGUUCGUUACACAAGGAAUCGUUACGAUAA